AUGGCUGCCUCAGAGGCUCCCAUGCUCGUUAAUGAGGUUGCUACAGGAGAAAAGGGCUCAAACAACUCAGAGGGCCAGCCCCAGCCCCAGGCCCAAACCACAAUGCCAUCCCCUUCCCGAGGUCAGGACUGGAAGUUGACAGAGCAAGUCCGAGCCCAGCAUCAGCAGGAUCUCGACUCCUUUGCACGAGAAAGAAAACUAGGUGUAACCUGGAGCAACUUGACAGUGAAAGUCGUCAGCGCCGAGGCCAGCAUCCACGACAACACCCUGUCCCAAUUCAACCUGCCCCGAUUGAUCAAGGAAGGUCGCCAGAAGCCUCCGCUCAAGACGAUUCUACAUGAGUCACACGGCUGCGUCAAGCCGGGGGAGAUGUUGCUUGUGCUAGGACGGCCUGGCUCUGGAUGUACCACAUUGCUGAAGCUGUUGGCCAACCGAAGAGGGGGAUACUCGUCCGUCGAGGGAGACAUAUGGUACGGGUCCAUGAGCCACGAUGAAGCAAAACACUAUCGAGGUCAGAUUGUCAUGAAUACCGAGGAAGAGCUCUUCUUUCCUAGCUUGACCGUCGGCCAGACCAUCGACUUCGCCACGCGAUUAAAGGUGCCCUCUCAUCUACCCGACAGCGUGCGUUCGCGACAAGACUAUCAACAGCAAUUCAAGCAAUUCUUGUUGGAGUCCAUGGGCAUCUCACACACAGACGACACCAAGGUUGGCAAUGAGUUUGUCCGAGGAGUGUCUGGCGGGGAGAGAAAACGUGUCUCGAUCAUUGAAUGUCUGGCCACUCGAGCCUCCGUCUAUUGCUGGGACAACAGUACCAGGGGCCUCGACGCCAGUACCGCGCUUGAAUACACCAAAGCCAUUCGAGUCAUGACCGACGUGCUUGGGCUGACUUCGAUUGUCACCUUGUACCAAGCAGGCAAUGCCAUCUACGACCUCUUCGACAAAGCGUUGGUGCUGGACACGGGAAAACAAGUCUACUAUGGUCCGAUCAAGCAGGCCCGGCCCUUCAUGGAGGACCUGGGCUUCAUGUGCGUUCAGGGGGCCAACGUCGCCGACUUCCUCACCGGCGUCACUGUGCCCACUGAAAGGCAAAUCCGGCCAGGGUAUGAGAACAGAUUCCCGCGAAACGCCGAUGAGCUCCUUCAACACUACGAGAAGUCUCCUGUCCACCAGCAGAUGGCCGUCGAAUACGAGUAUCCCCGUUCGCCUGAGGCUCAGGCAAACACUAGAGCAUUCCAGGAGUCGGUCGUCUUUGAAAAGGACAAGCGGCUUCGGCACACGAGUCCUUUGACAGCUGGAUUGCUCACCCAGAUUGCAGCGUGUGUCGUCCGCCAAUACCAGAUAAUAUGGGGCGACAAGGCCACCUUCUUUAUCAAGCAGGUCUCUACUAUUGUCCAGGCUCUCAUUGCCGGCUCUCUCUUCUACAAUGCCCCCCAAAACUCGGCUGGUCUUUUCAUCAAGGGCGGCGCACUGUUCUUUGGCCUGCUGUACAAUUCUCUGUUGAGUAUGUCUGAAGUCACUGAGUCGUUCCUCGGUCGGCCGGUGCUGGCUAAGCACAAGUCCUUUGCCUUCUAUCACCCGGCAGCUUUCUGCCUGGCACAGAUUGCGGCGGACAUUCCCCAGCUUCUGGUUCAGAUUACGACAUUCUCUCUGGUGCUGUACUGGAUGGUCAGCCUGGGAGCUACCGCGUCACAGUUCUUCACGUUUUGGAUUGUGGUGUUUUCGGCUACGAUGUGUAUGACUGCAUUGUUCCGAGCCAUCGGUGCCGCCUUCAGGACAUUUGACGCCGCCUCCAAGGUAUCAGGGUUCGUGAUCAUGAUGGCAAUCAUGUACAUUGGCUACAUGAUAGCAAAGCCCGAGAUGCAUCCCUGGUUCGUCUGGAUCUAUUGGAUCGAUCCAAUGGCAUAUGCAUUUGAAGCCAUCAUGGGAAAUGAGUUCCACAAUACCAUCAUCCCUUGUGUCGGCACGAACCUUGUUCCCAACGGCCCUGGGUACGCCAAUGCUCAAUACCAGUCUUGUGCUGGUGUGGGAGGUGCCGUCACUGGAGAGACCUUUGUCACCGGGGAUGCCUAUCUACGUUCACUCUCCUAUAGUCACUCGAACCUUUGGCGCAAUUUCGGAAUUAUAUGGGCUUGGUGGGCGCUCUUUGUCGCCAUCACGGUCAUCUUCACCAGCAGAUGGAAGUCCGACUCAGAACUGGGCAGCAAGCUACUGAUCCCACGCGAGAACGUCCAUCUAGCUGGUCACAUUCUCGGAGAUAUAGAGUCUCAAACAGAGGAGAAACAAGUUGUCAGUUCCGACUCUUCGCUCCGAGACCAAUCUACGCCCGCCGAAGCGAGUACAGAGACCUUGAUCCAAAACACCUCUGUCUUUACAUGGAAGAACCUGUCCUACACGGUCAAGACCCCCCACGGAGAUCGCAAGCUUCUCGACAAUGUGCAGGGCUGGGUUAGGCCAGGCAUGCUGGGAGCACUGAUGGGCUCUUCCGGAGCCGGAAAGACCACCCUGCUGGACGUGUUGGCUCAACGCAAGACCGAGGGAACCAUCCACGGCUCGAUCCUAGUCGACGGCAGACCUCUGCCCGUUUCAUUCCAACGAUCCGCCGGAUACUGCGAACAGCUCGACGUACAUGAGCCUUACGCCACGGUUCGAGAAGCUUUGGAAUUCUCGGCGCUUCUGCGGCAGUCACGCCACACGCCACAGGCCGAGAAACUGAGGUACGUCGACACCAUCAUUGAUCUGUUGGAGCUCCACGACAUCGAAAACACCUUGAUCGGUUUCCCCGGGAUCGGCCUUUCUAUUGAGCAGAGAAAACGAGUCACCAUCGGGGUGGAGCUGGUGGCUAAACCUAGCAUUCUGAUCUUCCUGGACGAACCCACCUCCGGUCUAGAUGGGCAGUCUGCAUACAACACGGUGCGGUUCCUACGUAAGCUUGCCGACGUGGGACAGGCCGUACUGGUGACCAUCCAUCAGCCUUCAGCCCAGCUCUUUGCGCAGUUCGACACCCUCCUUCUGCUGGCCAAGGGCGGUAAAACCGUCUACUUUGGCGACAUCGGCGACAACGCCGCCACCGUCAAGGACUACUUUGGCCGGUACGGUGCCGCGUGCCCGCCACACGCCAAUCCGGCCGAACAUAUGAUCGACGUCGUUUCGGGCCAUUUGUCGCAGGGCCGGGACUGGGCGCAAGUCUGGCUGGAAUCAGCGGAAUACCAUAAGGUGACCGCAGAACUGGACAGCAUCAUCAGUGAAGGUGCGGCCAGACCACCCGGAACCCACGACGACGGGUUCGAAUUCGCCAUGCCUCUGUGGUCGCAGAUCAAGAUUGUCACGCAUCGGCUGAACCUCGCCCUGUACCGCAACGUUGACUACACAAACAACAAGUUCGCGCUGCAUGUCGGGUCGGCGCUAUUCAACGGAUUUUCGUUCUGGAUGAUCGGCGAUGGUGUCGGCCAGCUUCAGCUCAAGCUAUUCACCAUCUUCAACUUCAUCUUCGUGGCCCCUGGCGUCAUCAACCAACUUCAGCCCUUGUUCAUCGAGCGCCGCGACAUCUUCGAGACACGGGAGAAAAAGGCCAAGAUGUACGAUUGGAAGGCCUUUGUCACCGCCUUGAUCGUGUCUGAGAUCCCCUACCUGUGUAUCUGCGCCGUCCUGUAUUUCGUCUGCUGGUACUACACGGUGGGGUUCCCCAAUGACAGCAACAGCGCGGGCGGUAUGUUCUUCGUCAUACUCUUCUACGAGUUUCUGUACACGGGCAUCGGCCAGUUCAUUGCCGCGUACGCGCCCAACGCCGUCUUCGCCUCGCUGGUCAAUCCGCUGGUUAUCGGCACCUUGGUUUCCUUCUGCGGCACCCUGGUCCCCUACGCCCAGAUCCAGGCCUUCUGGCGCUACUGGAUGUACUGGCUCAAUCCUUUCAACUACCUGAUGGGCGCCAUGCUCGUAUUUGGAGUGUGGGACGAGGAUGUCAAGUGCAAGGAGCACGAGUUUGCCAUGUUCGACACCCCGGCCAACACCACCUGUCGCGACUACCUCGCCGACUAUCUUGGCGGAGUUCAGGGCCAGGUCGCCAACCUCACCAACCCCGAUGCCACGAGCAACUGCCGCGUCUGCGAGUACAAGACCGGCGCCGACUAUCUCUCCACCCUGAACCUGAAGCACCAAUACGACGGAUGGCGAGACGCGGCCAUUGUCGUCAUCUUUGUCUUCAGCUCCUACGCUCUGGUGUACCUCUUGAUGAAGUUAAGGACGAAGCAGAGUAAGAAGGCUGAAUGA